UUUUAUUCUGAAAACUUUUCCUUUAAAAGAGAAAGCUUUGCAUUAUUUUCCAAGUCAAAAUGUCAUCAAUACAGAAGCUGUGUAAAACCCUUAGACAUGUGCAUCAGUUUCAUGCACAGUUCAUCACUUCCGGUCGGAUCUCCAACGGUCCGAAUCAGAACUCUCUUCUCACCAAUAUCCUCUUCGCUAUCACCUCUAUAACACCGUCUCCGACAGCGAGUUAUGCAGCUGCGGUGUUCAGUUUCAUUACAAACCCAUCUACGUUUUGCUUCAACACGAUCAUUAGAGUCUAUUCCCUUCACGCGCCGUCUCUGUCUCCUCACCGUUUCUACGUCCAGAUGCGACGUCGUUCUGUUCCUCCCGACUUCCACACUUUCCCUUUCGUAUUCAAGGCUUGUGCGAAGAAGAACGUUAGCUUUACCUUAGUCGAAGCCUUGCAUUGUCAAGCUUUGAGAUUCGGGUUGUUGUCUGAUUUGUUCACUUUGAACACUCUGAUCCGGGUCUACUUAACAAACAUCUCGAUUAAAAGUGCCUUGAAGCUGUUCGACGAAAAUCCUCAAAGAGAUGUUGUCACGUACAACGUGCUGAUUGAUGGGUUAGUGAAGGCACGUGAGGUUGUUCGUGCACGGGAGUUGUUCGAUUCAAUGCCUUUUCGUGAUUUGGUGUCGUGGAACAGUCUCAUUGCUGGGUAUGCGCAGAUGAACUGUUGCAGAGAAGCUAUCAGCCUCUUCGACGAAAUGCUUGCUUCUGGCUUCAAACCUGAUAACGUGGCCAUUGUCUCAACUCUUUCAGCCUGUGCACAGUCGGGAGAUUUAGAGAAAGGGAAAGCUAUACAUGAUUACGCCAAAAGGAACAGACUUUUCGUUGAUUCGUUUUUAGCUACUGGAUUGGUGGAUUUCUAUGCCAAGUGUGGUUUCAUCGAGACAGCCAUGGAGAUCUUUAGUUUAUGUUCAGACAAAACUUUGUUCACAUGGAAUGCAAUCAUCACUGGUCUCGCCAUGCACGGUUACGGCGAGCUAACUGUUGAUUGCUUCCGUACGAUGGUUAGCUCUGGUAUCAAACCUGAUGGAGUUAGUUUCAUAAGCGUUUUAGUGGGUUGCAGCCAUGCUGGUCUAGUUGAUGAAGCCAAGAAGCUUUUCGACCAAAUGGGGUCUCUGUAUGAUGUCGAUAAAGAGAUGAAACAUUACGGGUGUAUGGCGGAUUUGCUGGGAAGAGCGGGGUUGAUCGAAGAAGCAGCGGAGAUGAUUGAGAGAAUGCCUAAAGAUGGAGGGAACAGAGAGAAACUCUUGGCGUGGAGCGGUCUGUUGGGAGGAUGUAGAAUCCACGGGAACAUAGAGGUAGCAGAGAAAGCUGCAGAGAGAGUUAAGGAAUUGAGUCCAGAGGAUGGAGGAGUGUAUAAAGUGAUGGUGGAGAUGUAUGCAAAUGCUGAGAGAUGGGAGGAUGUGGUUAAAGUUAGGGGAGUGAUGGAAAGAGAUGAGAGAGUGAACAAGAGUGCUGGAUUUAGUACAGUUAUGUCCUAAGUCGUAACCAUCGUCAUUUGGAUUUUUAUUAGUAUUUACAAAUUCAAUUUUU